ACGCACAACAUGUUGGUGCUACACCUCAUAAACACCCACCAAAGACUUUCCCCCACGUCCAUACAAACAAAUGAAGCCACCUCUCUCUUCCUCCUCCUCCCUUCUCCGGAAAGCUCGUCUCUCUCCCUACGUCUUCACCUUACUCGCUUUCAUACUUUUCGUCGCCAUUCUCUACGGCGAGGACUUCGUCUGCAUCUUCGGCGAACCGCUCCAAAUCGUCACCGAUCUCGGCCAACCCGUCUCCAGAACCGGGAAGAAGUGGGAGAAGUUGCCGUUCGCCAUAGGGAAGACCGAGGAAGGGUGUGAUGUGUUCAGCGGGAGAUGGGUUUGGGACGAGAGUCGGCCGCUUUACCAAGAAUCAGAGUGCCCGUACAUACAGCCCCAGUUGACCUGCCAGGAACAUGGACGCCCGGAGAAGGAUUAUCAGUAUUGGAGGUGGCAGCCUCAUGAUUGCUCUCUCCCCAGUUUUAAUGCCACCUUCAUGCUUGAGACACUCCGAGGGAAGAGGAUGAUGUUCGUGGGAGAUUCCUUGAACCGGGGUCAAUAUGUUUCCAUGGUGUGUCUUCUCCAUUCAAUUAUACCUGAUGAGGAAGCCAAAUCCAUGGAAACUUUCGAUUCACUCACCGUUUUCACUGCCAAGGAAUACAACGCCACAAUCGAGUUCUAUUGGGCGCCAUUUCUUCUUGAAUCAAACUCGGAUAAUGCUGUGGUUCAUAGGAUCCCGGAUAGGAUUGUUCGGAAAGGUUCAAUCAAUAAGCAUGGCCGGCAAUGGAAAGGCGUUGAUAUAUUAGUAUUUAACACCUAUCUUUGGUGGAUGACCGGCCUGAAGAUGAAGAUCUUGUUAGGAUCUUUUGACGAUGAAGUGAAAGAUAUUGUGGAGCUGUCAACUGAGGAUGCUUAUAGAAUGGCAAUGAAAAGUAUGUUGAGAUGGGUGAGGAAGAACAUGGACCCCAAGAAGACAAGGGUCUUCUUCGCUAGCAUGUCGCCUUCUCAUGGGAAGAGCAUAGACUGGGGAGGUGAAGCAGGGCUCAACUGUUACAACGAGACAAGUUUGAUAGACGAUCCCAAUUACUGGGGUUCAGAUUGCCGGAAAAGUAUAAUGCAGGUGAUCGGAGAAGUAUUCGCUGAAUCAAAGUUUCCCAUUACAUUUCUCAACAUCACCCAACUCUCAAGUUAUCGGAAAGAUGCGCACACUUCGAUCUACAAGCAGCAAUGGAAUCCAUUAACUCCGGAACAGAAGGCAAACCCUGUUAGCUACGCAGAUUGUGUGCAUUGGUGUUUGCCUGGCCUUCAAGACACCUGGAAUGAGCUUCUAUUCGCCAAGCUAUUCUAUCCUUAAAUGGCGGACGGCUGUCAUAAUUUGAGAAAUCUUUCUUUCGGAUGGCGUUUUGAAGUUGACACUUGAGAGAAGUGUUGGGGAGAGUACGAAAGAAAAGAACAGUUCUGUGUACAAUAAUAG